GGUUGUACACCAUUCUACGGCGGUAGCACUGUCUAUGUGCGCCAAGUGACGGGUGCACUCGACUUCGACGGUACCUACACAGACAACCACGUGUAUUUCAACCAUGGGCAAGGGGGUGUGCUGCACUUGGAAUAUGUCGCUGCGCCUGCUUCAACAAUCAAAGGCACUUUCCGUAACAAUUCGGCGACAGAGGCCGGCGCAGUGUCUAUUGCGGUGCAAGAGAGUGACACAACUGUGACCAUUGAUGGGUUAUUUGAGGACAACAGUGCUAUCGAUCCCUUUGGUUUCUGUGGCACUCGUGGGGGUGCGCUCUCCAUCAGACGAGUGGGCGACAACUCCAUUAUGACCAUCACAGGUGACUCAUGUAUGGUAUAA